GCAGGGUUUGCCCUGGCCAGGCCAGCACGCCCGGCUCUCAUGGGCCGUUCCCUCUGGUCUCUCCCAGCUCCAGCAAAGAGAAGAACAAGACUGGUCUGCAGCAGAAGUACGUGCGCUGCUCGGUGCGGGCCCAGGUGCGCCACCUGCGCAGGGUCCUGUGCCACCUGCCUGGGGCUGGCGCCGCAGCACGUGCAGAUCCUUUUCGGCGGCGAGGUGCUCCCGGAUCACAUGACCAUGAAGCAGCUGUGGCUGUCCCGCUGGUUCGGCAAGCCUGCGCCCCUGCUCCUGCAUUACAGCGUGAAGGAGAAGAGGAGGUAGGGGGCUGGGCCGAGGGCGCUGCCCUGCCCAGAGGACCCCCGAACCCUGCAGCCCCCCACCCUCCUCCCCCC